UCGUUUUAUAAUAAAUGUUCCUGAAGAGGAAUUGUCUUCCACGUAUUGCUUUCAAAUUGAACAAGCUCAUUGGUUCUACGAAGAUUUUGUUCGCGAACAAAAUCCAAAUUUACCUAGCUUCGCAUUAAAAAAUCUUUUCUGCAAUAAUACAUAUCAGCACGGAUUAUUUAGAAGAACUGGAAAUAUUGUAGACAAUCUUAAUAUCAUUAAUAAUACAAUGUUAAAAGGAAACAACAAGAUUGUUUAUCAUAUGAACAAUUAA